AUGGUUAAUUACCAAAGUAAAUGCACUAGUAGUCCAAUAGUAACAGAGGUUCUUCUGCAGAGACUGGACUCUCUGGCGAGAGAGAACAUGAAUAGACUGAAGGAGAACGAAGCCAAGGUUUCUCAGCAGCUCUGCAGCCUGCGAAAGCUCACUGCAGAGGUGGAGGAGAAGUGUGGGCGUCCUGCCGCAGCCUUACUCCAGAAUGCAAGACACUGUUUGGAAAGAACUGAGUCACUACUUCUUCAGCCCCUCGUGCCAGCUCGCAUCACAGACCUGAGUUCGUGUCAAAUAAAAAGAAGGAGCAAAAUGCUAACCGUGCACCAAAGACAGAUAACUUUGGAUCCUGAAACAGCUCAUCCUUGCCUGGCCUUUUCUGAAGACCUGCGAACUGUGAGACUCAGAAACGCCCAGCAGGACGUGCCCGGACGCCCAGGGCGCUUCGACUUCAGUGCCUCCGUGCAGGGCGCGGAGGGCUUCAGCUCAGGAAAGCACUACUGGGAGGUGGCGGUGGGCAAGGCGGCACGCUGGCAGUUGGGGGUGUGCGGAGACUCCACAGGCAACCAGGACCAAGUGCUCGGAGCUUCUCCAGAUAAAUUCCUCCUCAUGGGAGCCGUGAUGGGGGCUGAGUAUACUUUCUGGGUCUUUCCCCCUUUAAAAAAGGUCUGCUUGCAAAAGGAAAUGCAAAAAGUUGGCGUUUUUGUAGACUAUGAGUUUGGUCACAUAUCAUUCUACAAUGUGACAGAGGGCGCACUCAUUUAUAAUUUCUCUUGUCUCUGCUUCCAAGGAGCUCUUAGGCCUCUAUUUGCUCUUUGUAUCCCGAAUGGAGACAUGAAUUCAGACUCUCUCACUCUCUGUCCCCCUUGUGUUCCCUCCUGA